AUGUCUGCUAAGUUCGUCGCCGUCCUCGCUUUGGCCGUAGCCGCCUCAGCCCUGCCCGUAGUUCCCGUUGGCAAAAUCGCUUACGCCGAAUCGCCCGCUCAGUACGACUUCCAGUACUCCGUCCACGAUGGUCAAAGCGGAGACGUGAAACAGCAGCAGGAGGCCCGCGCCGGAGACGCCUUGCACGGCUCCUACUCUCUGGUGCAACCCGACGGCGUGCACCGCAUCGUCGAGUACACCGCUGACAAGGAAAAUGGAUUCAACGCCAUCGUCCGCUACGAGGGUCAGCCCAUCCAAGCGCCAGCUCCCGCCAAGAUCGCGUACGCUACGCCCGUCGCCAAGGUGGCUUACUCCGCUCCCGUCGCCUACUCCGCUCCCGUUGCCAAAGUGGCCUACUCCGCACCUCUCACCCACGUGUCUUACUCUUCUCCCGCCAUCUCCUACCAGCACUAA